AUGACGAUGAAGACAUCAGAGCCGGGCCGUCCUCCGUCCGUCGACUCCUUGGGCAGCUUGUCCAUCCCGUCUCCCGCGGCGCUCGUCACCCCCGCCCCAACUACGCCCACCGCCCUCAGCGCCGCCGCGCCCAUCAUGGCCCGAGACGCCGAUGCCCCUGCGGGCGUAAACACAGGCCCUUCCUCGUCGUCGUCCUCGUCCUCCGCCUCCUCCGCGACGCCCGAGAGUUCGAGCGUCUUACAGGGCAAAGGCAUCCUGCAGUUCAGCCCCGAGCAGAUCGACUGCGUGUGCGAGACCCUCCUUCAGGCAGGAGACAUGGAGCGCCUCGGGAGGUUCCUCUCCAUCCUCCCGCUGCACGCCGAGGUCUCCCGGCCCUCGGAGGUGAUCCUCAGAGCCAAGGCAUCCGUGGCCUUCCACAGAGGGACGUUCAAGGAAGUCUACAGCAUCCUGGAGACCAACAGCUUCACGUCCAAAUACCACACGGAGAUGCAGAACAUGUGGUAUCGCGCGCACUACAAGGAAGCCGAGAAGAUCAGACAGCGACCCCUCGGAGCCGUCGAUAAAUACCGCAUCCGCAAGAAAUACCCGCUGCCCAAGACGAUCUGGGACGGCGAAGAGACCAUCUACUGCUUCAAGGAGAAGUCUCGAGUCGCCCUCAAGGAGUGUUACAAGCAGAACCGAUACCCGACGCCUGACGAGAAGCGGAGCCUGGCGAAACAGACGGGCCUUACUCUAACGCAGGUGUCCAACUGGUUCAAGAAUCGCCGCCAGAGGGACCGUAACCCCGCGCCCAGACCGUGA